CAUUUUGGUGCGUGCUACAGAAAUUCGGUGACAUGGGCGGCCUAGGAGGCAUGGGCGGCAUGGGAGGCAUGGGCGGCAUGGGAGGCAUGGGCGGCCUUGGAGACAUGGGUGGCAUGGGCGGCCUUGGAGGCAUGGGUGGCAUGGGCGGCCUUGGAGGCAUGGGUGGUCUAGGGGGUGAUGCUAUGGGUGAUGACUUUGAGGAUAGUGAUGAUGAAGACGAAGAAGUUGGAAAACCUGAGGAGGGAGCUGAUGACAAGGUAGGUGAAGCUCCAGAGGGCAAAACCGGUUCUGCAUCUACUUAAAUGAUUUGUGUAAUUCAGGCCUUAUGCUUUCGGUUGGAGUUGUUGCAUUUGGUAAUUAACGCAUGCAUGCGUUUCCUAAUAGAAUGAAGAUUAUUUAUGUGGUUUUUAUGUUGAAGAAAACAUUGAUAUUUGUCCUCCCGGGCAGACGUUUGUCUUCCAUUUUGAGGUGUUGUAAUUUAGCUAAGUUAUGAGUGGAUUUUGUAUCGAAUGGUUUUUGAACUCCACAUUGCUUUGCUUUCUAUUGAAAUGCAUGUGCUGUUGCUUACA